AUGGAAGACUGUGAUGACACUGAGGUCAUUGAAUAUGUAAAUUGGUUAAAUUCUGCUGGACUUGUUUAUAAGAAGAAAUAUGAGGAGCUUAGACAAGUGCCCGAGAGACCACUACCAUCUAUUGAGAAGCCACCGAUACUUGAAUUGAAGACUUUACUAGAACAUAUUAAGGAUUCUUAUUUGGGUAAGAAUGAUACUCUCUUGGUUAUCAUUUCAACUUCAUUAUCUACUGUUGAAGAGGAAAAAUUAUUAAGAGUUCUUCGAGCUCAUAAAUUGGCCAUCUGUUGGACCUUAGUUGAUAUAAAAGGUAUUAGUCCCUCUACUAUUAUGCACCGUAUUCUAAUGGAAGAGGAAAGCAAGCCUAACAUUGACGCUCAAAGGAGGACAAAUCCCACUAUGAAAGAGGUGGUUCAGAAAGAAAUUUUGAAGUGGUUAGAUGCUGGUGUUAUUUAUCCAAUCUUGGAUAGUUCUUGGAAAUUAAACAAGGCAACAAGGAAAGACGACCUCCCAUUGCCUUUUGUUGAUCAAAUGCUCAAUAGAUUGCCAGACCAUCAAUUCUAUUACUUCUUAGAUGGGUACUCUGGUUAUCAUCAAAUACCUAUUGCUUCCGAAGACCAAGAGAAAAUGAAUUUCACUUGUCCUGAUGAUAUGCUGGAAAAGAGCAUUGAAAUAUUUAUGGAUGAUUUCACGGUCUUUGGCUCCUCAUUUGACAUGUGUUUACAAAAUUUGGAGGAUGUGUUAAAAAGAUGCGAAGAAUCUAAUUUGGUCUCGAAUUGUGAAAAAUGUCACUUCAUGGUGAGUGAAGGAAUUGUUUUGGGCCAUAAGAUUUCAAGCAAAGGCAUAGAGGAAUUACUUGCAAUUGUCUUUGUGUUCGAUAAGUUUAGGCCAUAUUUAAUUGGUAAUAAUGUGAUUGUCUACACAAACCAUUAUGUUAUUAAGUACCUUAUCACCAAGAAGGAUGCCGAACCCCGCUUGAUUAGAUGGGUCCUAUUAUUUCAAGAGUUUGAUAUAGAAAUUCGUGACAAAAAGUAUACAGAAAAUCUAAUUGCAGAUCAUUUAUCUAGAUUGGAAAAAAGAGAAGAGCCUAAUGAGAAAGAGGUACAAAUUGAUUACAACUUUCUGGAUGAAUAG